UGAUGUUUGUGGUGGUUGUUGUGGUGUGCAGGCCCUGGCGAAGUAUGCGAAACUCUUGGCAGUAGAGAGUCGGCGUCGACCCGCUGUCUUAACGGAGUUGGUGAAGGGGAUUAUCGAAGGAGAGGCCCGUAUGCUUGCUGCGGCAAUGUCCAUGGAGGAGAUAUUUAAUCAACGGAAGACAUUCAAGGAGAAAAUCACACGGAACGUCCAGAACGAGCUCAUUCAGUUUGGACUUUUCGUAUACAAUGCUAAUAUCAAGCAACUGCAGGAUACACCAGGCUGCGAAUAUUUCCUGUUCACCAGGAAGAAAGCACAGGAGGAAGCUGUGAAUCAGGCGAAAAUUGAUGUGGCGGAAGCCAGGCACAGAGGAAAUGUCGGAGAGACGGAAAGGAUUGCUCGUACUAGGCAGCAAACACAGCACAUCGAGUCAGAGACAGUUGCUUAUGAGAAUGAAAAGAAGCGAGCCAUAGCAGAGUCAGAAGCUGCACUCCUUGUAAAGAAGGCAGAACUCGAUCGUCAGGUGGACAUUGCAAAUGUAGAGUCGGCACAAGCAGUAGUGUUGAGAAGGACGGAGCUGGAGCGGCAAGUUGAAGAGUACCGUUUAUUGUCAGAGACGGAGAGAUUACGGGCAGAAGUGGUAUCCAAGUCGGCAGCAGAGAAAGAGAGCCUGAUGGAGAGCAUGACCGCUGACACACUUAUCUCCUCUAAUCUGCAAUCCAGGGUGCUGUGGGAAACAGCUGCUGAAUUCUGUUCCAGAAUGUUCAAAAAACCUGCUGCGGGUCUUGCAGGCUAAUCGUUAAAUAACGGGCACGAGAAAUGGAGCAGACCAUCCGCAAAACCCGUUUGCCCGGUUCCUUAUGCUUUGCUCCUUCCUCUUCGAAUAAAUAACAGGUAUCCUCACGGAAUGUCGAGAUCCUUUUUUUCCCCCCGCCUUCUAUUCUCGGUUCCUUUUUCUCUCGAACCACAAACCUCACUUCCUGUCCGAAGA